AUGCGCCUUUACUUCUCUCAAUCUUACUUCCUUGAUCUCUCUCUGCACCUCUUUCCUCAGCCUUGCGACGUCGUUUCUUCGCUUCAUUACCUGCGAAUUUCAGAAUCCGGAUGUUUAGUUGGGGGAGGAAUUACAUUCGAACCAGAAGAAGCUAUGAAGUUGUUCAAUAUAAAUGGAACCACUCUUUCCCUUGCACUCUACACUGAUGUAUCCAAUUCAAAAGAACUCUUGGAAAGUAUGCAAACCGGGACACUGGAGCCAGAAGUUGCGUUCCUCAAUGCUUUACUUAUUCCAAAUAUUUUCCCUGUUCUAGCCGCUGCACACAAGACUCUUGUAGCCAAGUCACGAGACUCUUUAACCACACGCACUCCUCAUUCAGAGCUCGUCUACAACUACUCAGGGUCGAAGCAUAUUACUGAGUCUUUGAAAAGAUGUGGCAUCUCCGACAGCACAACUUAUAUCCUUGCUGCUCGAUUUGAUGCUACUCCUGAUGAGAUAAAAGCUAUAGAGAAGCUCAUUAAUGGCAAAGAGAUUGACCUGGAGGAGCUAGAAGGGAGAGCAAAUCAAUCCCAAAUACAAAAGCAUUACAAGAUAUCUGCAUCUGAACUUGGAGUAUCAUCACUUGCUGAUGCAAUAGCUUGCCGGAUAGCUGCUCAGUCAAGAUUACAGACAUUUGUGAGUCGACCGGCAUCGGAUCGGCAUAUCCUCGCAGGGACUGUAUGUGGGGUUUACUUGGCUCAGAAUUAUCAAGUUCCUAAUAUCACGAAGUUAGCUGACACUGCCUUGUUCAUGGCAAAAGUUGUGGAGGAAAAAUACCGCAAGCCCAAGAAGAGCGAUGAUGAUGAUUAG